AUGAGACAAUUUGUUUUUGCUUUAUUUUAUUUUAAAUGGCUAUGUAAGGAUAUGGUCUUCUCCGAGAACUCUUCCUUCUCUGACAUAUUUAUUAUUAUGGGGUUUGGCUUAUUUAGUGUAGCUUCAUCCAAAAUGUCAAAGCAUGUCUUACUUCAUAGUUGACAGAUUGGCCCAAGGAUUCUAGGAGUCACAGGAAUUUACUGCUUGAGAUAACCGAGGAGGCGACCUUAGGCGGAAAAUGCGCACAAUUCAAGUAUAAAGUGAGCCAACGCUCCCGUGUGUAGGUUCAGGAUGAUCCAGAUAGGGUUGCAGAAGCUUUGUAAUGCCUUGCCAUUUUGGUGACGUCCAUUUUAGUUCUUGGAAUCGCCCACAAAACUUAAAGGAUGGGCCUAGAUAAGCCUAAAACAUCCUGCUGGCAUGCUAAAAACUGAGUAAUUAAGUAUUGAGCUUUAUUUUUAUUUCACAUUUUAAGCCAAAAGCUCGAAGAAAGCAGCCCUUCUUUUGCUUAUUCCUUUCUCUCCAAUGAUUUCUUGACUGAAAAUCAAAAGAGAAAUUGGAGAGGUUAAGCAACGACCUUUUAUCGCUAGACUAGAAAGUCUUAUGGCCAUAAUUUAAUUAUUAAUUUCUCUCCAAAGAAAAGCCAGAAAAAAUCAAGGUCGGCCCUGAAAACGUCGAAAGCGUUUCUACAAGUUCAGGUGCUCUCGCAGUCGGAGUUGAGCAAACAGACUCCUCUCUGUCUUCUUUUGCGUCCCAAAUAAACUCCUCCCUACAAAUUCUCGGCAUGAAAAUCGACUCCUCAAUAUCUUCAACUGCCUAUGCCCUAGAGUCUUUAAUUCUUUCAGAUAUCCAAGAAAAACAAGACGAAUUGUCAGAAAUCAACAUGCAAAUCCAUGCUUUACUAAGAAAAUCCAACAAUUUGGCAACUGACUGCUCAGGUUUCCGCACAUGUAAAGCAUGUGCUUAUAACCCUCUUUGUGUUUGGUGUUUGACUGAACAAAUCUGUGUCGGCGGAGAUGGAGAUGGCCCUUUUAACGGUGAGUGCGCUUAUUAUGACUAUAAUGGAUGCUCUGGGACUGGCUGUAAGCAGUAUGAUACUUGUGAAACUUGUUUAGGAGAUUUGCAGUGUGGCUGGUGCAUGAAUGGAGGAUACUGCUUAGAAGGAAACGAGCUUGACACUGGGUCUUGUGACAUCAGCUUCUUUUUUCACACAAAUUUCCCAGGAAAAGAUACAUGUCCUGCUAUGAAAAAGAAAAAAUUGCCUAAAUAUGAAAAUUUUGAUAUUUAUAUUAAUGGAAAUCCUACAAGUAGCAUUGAUAAAGAAACUGAAAAUAUCGAAAGAGAAAUCAUUGAAUUAAGGAACAGGGCUCGGGUAAUAGUAGAAGAAAUAGAAGAGCUUAAUAGAGCUAAAGCUCAAGUUAUACAAGAAAUGGAAGAAGGAAAAGAAAUUGAGAUGCCUGAUAUUAUAAUUCCAUUUUUUAACAAAGGACUCUGGAGGAAGGUAGAAACCUUUGCAAGAGAGGAAAAUGAAAGCAAUGAAGAAGAAGUUAAUAGCAACACAGAGGACUUGAAAAAAUAUAUUGAGAAAAAACAAAAAGAAGCUAUUGAGAAUAGCGAAAGGAAAAUCUUGGAAACUCAUGUGGUUGCUGCACCUAGUGUUGUGGGGAUAAACGCUGAGGCUGAGAAAACUGGCAGAAGGAAUCAAAACAGAGGGGAGCAAGAAAUAUAUCAAUAG